AAUAGUCUAAGUUGCGUCAGCUCCUCGUUAAGUUACUUUAGUUUUUGUAUUUAUUUCCUAUUCUAUACACUAUGAUUUUCGAAGACAGUCAUAGUUAGUACGUGUCGCGUGUUAAUGUGAAAAGUGUUUACUUCAUGUCCCUUACUUUGGAAAUAAGUAAAAUUAGUUUUAAAAAAAAAUUAUUUUCGAAACAAUGUCGAGAAAUUAAUUUUAUUCAAAUUGAAGAAAUGUAAAUUAAUCGACAAAUUUCAACUAAAUUUUUAAAUAGUUAUAGGCAGAAAGAGCUGAUCAUUUACUCUUCUUGGUGGAACAUUUUGACAAUUUGAUUCAGUAGUCAAAUUAAUAAAAAAAAGUAUUCGUAACAGAAAGUUAUUAAAAUAUUUAAAAAAAAAUAAAAAUGGCUUACGACGACGUUAUUAUUUUAAUGGGUGAAUUUGGUCGCUACCAGCGAAAAAUAUACUUUUUAUUAUGUAUCCCUGCGAUUUUUUGCGCCAUUCACAAAAUGGCAGGUGUUUUUCUCGAAACUGCUCCCGACUUCAGGUGUGUUUUACCAGUGGAAAAUUUAACGAAUGCAGUGUUUAAAUUACCGGCAAAUUAUGCCAAUGUACUACUUCCAACAGAAGCAGCAACUAAUACCAAAAAAGAAAGAUUUGCUCAAUGUAGUUAUUACAAUGUACCAAAUUUACCGAAUACAACAACUCUAGAUGAUUAUUUUUUAAUUGCUGCCAAUAGUAGUAAGCCAUUGGAGGAGAAGACUUGUAAUAAUUAUAUUUAUGACAAGAGCAGAUAUUCAAGUACAGUUGCAUCAAAGUGGAACUUGGUAUGCGAUUCUUCCUGGUGGAUAUCAACCGGAGAUUCAGCCUUCAUGAUAGGAGUGAUGAUGGGCUCCAUGAUUUAUGGCUUCAUGUCUGACAAAUUUGGACGGAAACCAACAUUUAUCAUCUGCUUGCUUAUUCAAUUAGUAUCGGGAGUAAUAGUCGGCAUAGCUCCAAAUUUCCCAACAUUUGUUGCAUUCAGAGCAAUUCUUGGUUCUACAACAAGUGGCGUUUUCAUCGUAGCCUACGUAAUUGCUCUCGAAAUGGUGGGACCAAAGAAAAGAAUGUUCGCAGGUGUUGGAGUAAAUGUAUUUUUCACUGUAGGUUACUUUACAACUGGAAUUUUUGCAUACUUUAUUCGUGAUUGGAGAAUAUUACAAAUAGCUCUUGUUUUGCCGAGUGUACUAUUCUUGGCAUAUUAUUGGUUCAUUCCCGAAUCAUGUCGAUGGCUUUUGACUAAAGGUCGAAAGGAGGAAGCAAAAGCUUUACUGCAAAAGGCCGCUAAGGCUAAUGGAAAGGAUAUUUCCGACGAAACAAUGGAAAUGCUUUUAGCGCAAAAGGAAACGGAACCAACAUCCGAAACGAAGGUGCCUUCUGCUAUAGAUCUCAUGCGAUAUCCAAAUUUGAGACGCAAAACUUUGCUCUUGUGUUGCAAUUGGUUGAUAAACAGUGGUACUUAUUACGGACUUUCAUGGGGAGCCGCAAAACUCAGUGAUAAUGAAUUUGCUACUUAUUUUAUGUCGGCGGGUGUUGAAAUACCUGCAUAUGCUUUUCUCAUGCUAACAUUAAAUAGAUGGGGUAGAAAGCCAAUAUUAUGUGGUUCUAUGAUAACUGCAGGAACAUUUUUACUUCUUAUGAUAGCUGUACCUACAAAUAUGAGCUGGUUGGCCAUUACAUUUUACAUGAUUGCCAAAUUAGCAAUUACGGCAUCUUACGGUUGUAUCUAUAUUUUCACAACUGAACAAUUCCCAACGGUUGUUCGUAAUGUUGGUCUUGGUGUUUGUUCCACAUUUGCGAAACUCGGUGGCGUUUUUGCACCACAAAUUAAUGAACUCGGAAAAUUCUGGUUCCCCUUUCCACGAGUUCUCUACGGAACACUCGCAUUAUGUGCCGGAUUAUUGUCACUCUUUUUGCCUGAAACACUCAAUGAAAGAUUACCGGACAGUAUUGAAGAAGGAGAAAAUUUCGGAAGGAAAAUGAAAAAUCUCUCGCUACAGUCACUGACGCCGACAAAAACUGGCCACGAGAAAAAUAUAAACAAAGGAGAAGCAUAAUUAGAAGGGUAAUCUCUUAAUUAUGCACAAAGUACUUAUAGGACAUUCCUCAACCUAGAGAGAGAAAGAGAAUAUUAGUAUUGAAAGUGAGAAUGUACAAUAUUUUUAUUUUACCAAAAAUGUACGUGACAAUUUCAAUUUUAUUUUUAAUUUUUUCUAUGAAAUAAGUAGUAAAUUUUUUUAAAUCAGUAUUCAUUAUAUAAUUUUAAUUAUUUUCGCUCGAGUAUCGAUUUAUACUUUCAAAGAAAGUCAUAAAAUAUAUUAAAUUAUACUGAAUUAUUUAUUGUAAAUAUUUUAGCAAUUAUUUUCACUAUAAUUAUUUGUGUAAAUAUAUGAGAGAAAUGAAAGUGAUACUUGUGCAAGUUUGCAAAUAACUUUUGUUGAUGAACAACAGUAUUCAUUUUAGAUUAUAUCCAUUUAGUUUAGGCGCUUGUAAGUUUCAAAAAAAAGCAUUAUUAAUUUCCUUUGUUAUGUCCCUAUACUUUAUUAGAAAUGUAUUAUAGUGUUGUAAUUUUUAAAAUAAGUGAAUUUUAUAAAUUAUUUUCUAUGUAAUGAAAAAAAAUAAAUAUUUACCAUUUUUUUGCGAUUU